AAGCUUAUCCAUUUACUUUUUGUAGGUGCAUGGCCCUGGUGCAGACAUUGACACACUCUGUGUUGGACCUAGACAUGCAACCCGUGAAGAAGACUUUUUUGGUGAGCUACAUAAAAUGCUGUCAGAGAUGCCCGAAGUAACUGAAUUGCACCCUGUGCCUGAUGCUCAUGUCCCUGUGAUGAAAUUUAAGUUUGCCGGGGUUUCUAUUGAUCUUCUGUAUGCGAAAUUGUCACUUUGGGUUAUUCCUGAAGACUUGGAUAUAUCUCAGGACUCGAUACUACAGAAUGCAGAUGAACAAACAGUUCGUAGUUUAAAUGGUUGUCGAGUUACUGACCGUGUUCUGCGAUUAGUUCCAAAUAUUCAGAGUUUCCGAACGACAUUGAGAUGCAUGAGGUUUUGGGCAAAACGCCGAGGUGUUUAUUCCAAUGUUUCUGGGUUUCUUGGUGGUAUAAACUGGGCAUUGCUUGUUGCCCGCAUUUGCCAACUAUACCCCAAUGCAUUGCCAAAUAUGCUUGUGUCUCGUUUUUUCAGGGUCUUCACCCAGUGGCGCUGGCCAAAUCCAGUCAUGCUCUGUGCCAACGAAGAAGGAUCUCUUGGACUUCAAGUUUGGGAUCCAAGGAGAAAUCCGAAGGAUAGAUUCCACUUAAUGCCUAUUAUUACUCCUGCUUAUCCUUGCAUGAACUCUAGCUACAAUGUUUCAUCAAGCACUCUACGUAUUAUGACUGAAGAAUUUCAGAGGGGACAUGAUAUUUGUGAGGUUAUGGAAGAAAACAAGGCUGAUUGGGACACUCUUUUUGAGUCCUACCCCUUCUUCGAAGCAUAUAAGAACUAUUUACAAAUAGACGUUACUGCAGAAAAUGUUGAUGAUCUAAGAAAGUGGAAAGGUUGGGUUGAAUCUCGUCUUCGCCAACUGACAUUGAAGAUUGAGAGACAUACGUAUAACAUGCUUCAGUGCCAUCCACAUCCAGGCGAUUUUUCUGAUAAAUCCAGACCUUUCCACUGUUGUUAUUUCAUGGGUUUGCAGCGAAAACAAGGAGGAGCUCCCACGAGUGGGGGUGAACAGUUUGAUAUAAGGUUGACAGUUGAGGAAUUCAAACGUUCUGUCAACAUGUAUACACUGUGGAAGCCUGGGAUGGAGAUUUACGUUUCACAUGUGAAGAGGAGAAAUAUACCAAAUUUUGUUUUCUCGGGUGGAGUUCGACCUUCACGUGCAUCUAAAGUGACUUGGGAUAGCAGGCGUAGUUCAGAACUAAAAGCUUCUGACAGUACUCAAGUAGACAGGCCAUUUGAAGCCACAGAAAGUUCAGAUGGAGUAGAUGAUAGAAGGAAAAGAAUGCGUAUUGAUGAUAAUGUGAAUACUAACUUCAGAAAUGGAGAGUGCUCGGCCGCUGCUCAUUCCCACACUGAGGAAGUUCAUGAAGCCAGCCGAAUCAGUAUCACUAGCUCAUGUUCUGUUAAGGAUAUGAAUUCUAUUCACACUAGUGCAAAUAACUUAGAAAAUAUGGCAGAUGUUUCUUCUCAGAAUAACGGAGAUCAUGGAUUGAUAGGAGUUAAUCCUUCCAUAAACAUUGAAUCUGCAGCUGCUGAUACAUCAAGCUGUAAGGAAGCAGAGAAGCUGGCAAUUCAAAAGAUUUUGUCUGAUCCUUAUGAUUCCCACCAAGCUUUUCCGUGUGAGCCUGAAGAGCUCGACGAUUUUGAUUAUAAAAAUCAAGCUAAAGAUUUUGGUGCUACAAAGCAGGGUAGCCCCAUAAUACUGUCUUCGGCUGCAAACACAUCUUCCGUAGUGCCUAUACCAUCUAGCAAUGAAGCACGCCAGUCCUCAUGUUCAUAUUCCAACGGGGGCUUGGAGGAGCUUGAGCCUGCUGAGCUUGUGGCGCCAUUGUCAACUGGGACUGCUCCUGCACCUGCAGCUGGGCGAAAGCCAAUCAUCAGGUUGAGCCUCACAUCCUUGGGCAAAGCUGGUAAAAGCUCGUAAAGGGUUCUUCCAAAAGCAGCUCGGGAGAGCAUUUUUCUUAUCUGUUAUGUAUCGGGCGAUGUCUUGCCUGUCGAUUUUCUUUUCAUGUGUAACUCUUGACCCUAAAUAAUAACAAAAAAGAAAAAAAAAAGGUCAGGCUUUUAUGUAAUAUGUAUGAUGGGCUUGAAGGCCAACAGUUCUAUAAACGUACUAGUCGGUGUAUGCCUUCUAUUUCUACCAUAUUAAUGCAGAUGAUAGCCUACUAUUAUUUCUCAGAAACCUCUGAGAAGACCAUA